CGAAGAGAACAGUUGUGAUUAUGGAUCGUCUGUGGACCUGGUUCCCGACAGGCCGCCGGGGCUCUUACAGCCCCGCCGAGCCGGAGACGCCCAACGUGAACGGGGCUAAAGAGAAGAUAACAGGAAAGAAAAAGUGGAGGAAUAUUUUCAGCAGGGACCGUAAGCCCAAAGAUGCAGGAAAGCUGCUGAAGGAGGAGGCUCUGGAGGGCCAAGUGCCCCAGAAAAAAGAAAAGAAAAAGUGGAAGAACAUCUUCAGCAGGAACCGUAAGCCCAAAGAUGCAGGAAAGCUGCUGAAGGAGGAGGCUCUGGAGGGCCAAGUGCCCCAGCCUGGUGUACUGGAGCUCCACGCUGACACCGAGGCUGGAGCUCUGAAAAACACCAGCCUGCAUGAGACCAGGGGUGAUACCGAGAUGCUCCUGCCUGUGAAGGAGCUCGAACCUGAUGCCGAAGCCCUGACUAACACCAGCAUGGAUGAGACCAGGGGAGAUACCGAGAUGCUCCUGCCUGUCAGAGAGCUCAAAGCUGAGCCUGAGGUCCCGACUAACACCAGCCUGGAUGACACCAGGGGCAACGCUGAGAUGCUUCUGCCUGUCAGAGAGCUCGAAGCUGAGCCUGAAGCCCUAAAGGUCCUAAUCAAGACCAGCCUGGUUGAGUCUGAGGAGACCGAGCUUCAAAACAAAGAAGACACUGAAGCUGAUUUGUUCAGCAAAGAUGAUGGUAUCACCGGAGAACACGGCCGGAGAAAGAAAAUCAGGAGAGGAACCCGGGGACGCGGCCGGAAGAUAAUCUACAAAAAGAAGGAUAAUAACGGAUCUGAAAUAAUAAACAAGGUGAAUGUUGAAGCUGAGGCUAAAGUCCUGACUAACACCAGCCUGGUUGAGACCAGGGACAACGCUGAGAUGCUUCUGCCUAUCAGAGAGCUCGAAGCUGAGCCUGAGGUCCUGACUAACACCAGCCUGGUUGAGACCAGGGACAACGCUGAGAUGCUUCUGCCUAUCAGAGAGCUCGAAGCUGAGCCUGAGGUCCUGACUAACACCAGCCUGGUUGAGACCAGGGACAACGCUGAGAUGCUUCUGCCUAUCAGAGAGCUCGAAGCUGAGCCUGAGGUCCUGACUAACACCAGCCUGGUUGAGACCAGGGACAACGCUGAGAUGCUUCUGCCUAUCAGAGAGCUCGAAGCUGAGCCUGAGGUCCUGACUAACACCAGCCUGGUUGAGACCAGGGACAACGCUGAGAUGCUUCUGCCUAUCAGAGAGCUCGAAGCUGAGCCUGAGGUCCUGACUAACACCAGCCUGGUUGAGACUAGGGACAACGCUGAGAUGCUUCUGCCUAUCAGAGAGCUCGAAGCUGAGCCUGAGGUCCUGACUAACACCAGCCUGGUUGAGACUAGGGACAACGCUGAGAUGCUUCUGACUGUCAGAGAGCUCGAAGCUGAGCCUGAAGCCCUAAAGGAUCCGAUCAAGACCAGCCUGGAUGAGUCUGAGGAGACCGAGCUUCAGAACAGAGAAGACACUGAAGCUGAUUUGUUCAGCAAAGAUGAUGGUAUCACCGGAGAACACGGCCGGAGAAAGAAAAUCAGGAGAGGAACCCGGGGACGCGGCCGGAAGAUAAUCUACAAAAAGAAGGAUAAUAACGGAUCUGACAUAAUAAACGAGGUGAAUGCUGAAGCAGAAGCUGAAGCUGAGGUCGCUAAGAUGAAGAACGUCCACCUUGAUGAGAAGGACUCAUCUGCUGAUCUGCUGAAUCCUGAUCAAACGCUGGGUGAGGAAAGAAAUCAGUGGAUAGGUCGAGGUAACCCAGAGGACGGUAUGAAACAGAAGAAGAAGAUCAGACGAGGCACUCGGGGCCGCGGCCGCAAAAUCAUCUACAAGAAAGACGCCUCAAAAACAGAAGCGAGUGCUGCAGGUUUUAAUCAUCAGACCAUCGACUAUGUGUUAUGUGUGCACUAAGAAAACUAAUAAAGUAAACAGUAAAUGUU